UACACCGUGUACAUGAAGCGUAGCCUGGAUCUCAUGUAAAAGGCAUAAAGCUAACUGUUCGUGUGUUGGCGCCUGCGUUCGAUGUUAUUUAAACAAUUUGCUACCGGGCCACUGCAGUUGUAGCAUGUGUAGGUCUGUGACCCUUGGUUCGCCAGCUGAUCUGGCCGGAAUAGAUAGCUGACCCACAUCAGAAAACUCCCUCGACGUGACACGCGCCUUCGCCCCCCAAUAAGUAUAGUAGAAGAGGGUGUGACCACAGACUGACUCACUCCACGUGGGUGCAAGUACAGGACACCGAGUGAUAGUCACUGUGUCUCCCGGUCUUUGUUUCUCACACUAGGAAGGAAGUAUCGCCAGUCGCGUUGUAUCGAUGAAGUUAAUGUCACUUGGAAGAGUUGAGUUACUUGUGUUCAUCUUGAUCCUUGUCACACUGAAACAAAUCACGGAAUGAUAUCCAGUUUGACCAAGGACUGUGUCAUCAACAGAAAAACAGCCACAGCGACACGACACUGUUAAACAGUUACUACAAUAUAUCGGAUACAAACAUCCGAUCACGGACAGCCUCUGGACGGGGGUCAACGCAGGAUGAUUCCAUUUGGAUCUCGCUUCAUCAUCAAUGCGGGCAGGCGGAUUCUCGCUGGUUGAGUUCUGGGGUUGGUGAUGUGUGUGGAACUCGGACAACUACUGUGAAUUCCACAACUUCUGGAGAUUGUACCACCGCUUUGUAAGCCGGCGUGAGUAACAACUUUGCACUUGUGACUGCACGUCGUGUCGCCAUGGAGUCAACGACCGCCGCUCUUGAUUCAAGCCCCGACUACUCCUUAAACAGUACGUAUACUAAAUCCAACACGAGCAGUGUCACCGAAUCGGGGAGCGGUUUAAAUGUAGUAGACGCUGUCGUAAUCGUCAUGCAGAUACUGAUGGCCGUCGUCAUCAUCGGCGGCAACGUACUCACCAUUUUAGCAGUGAAGAGGACGCCCCGACUCCACACUGUGCCCAACAUGUAUGUUGUGUCCCUCGCAGUCGCGGACCUAAUCGUGGGAAUAGUCCUCCCCUUCUAUGCUAUAAAGAUGUUCCCUGGAAUGGAAAACCUGUAUAAUCAAAACAAAUACUUAUGCCUCAGCCACCCGGUGCUCCUGAUAGUAUCCGCAGGGUGUUCAAUAGUGUCCAUGGUUGUCAUAUCCGUGGAUCGUCUCAUCUACAUCGUCCGCCCUUUAAGGUACGAGUACAUCGCAACAGCUCGUCGAGCUCGCAUAAUCAUUGGGACCACGUGGUGUGGUUGCAUCUUCUACGGAACUCUACCCUUAUACUACAAUACAUUUGACGGUGUGAAGCCGUGUGAACUGUUUAAUAUCCUACACAUGGAAUACCAGUUGUAUGGUCAGGUGACUAUAUUCUGCGUCUGUUGUGUGGUGGCAGGAGCUAGUUAUGGAUACAUCUUUAAAAUCUCGUACCAUCAGAGGAAGGCCAUGCUCGAUGUGACCCGCCAAAGUAUUGAUACAGACACCAGGGCCGUGGUGUCCACGUUUAAAAGAGAAUGGCCCAUGAUCAAGAUGUUUGUAUUGGUGUUUGGUGUGUUCUUUGUGUGUUGGUGUCCCGCGAUUGUGGGGAUCGUGCUGGGGAACACAGUCGGGAUCGAACCGACAACCAUGAAUUUAUUAGUAUUGUCCUGUUUGCUCAAUUCUGGAAUGAACUUUAUCAUAUAUGGGGUGAAAAACCAAGAUUUCCGCCGUGCGUACUGCCUGCUGUUGUGUUCUAAACGGAUCAGUUAUUAUGAACGCACGGACACUGAGAACAAGUCCGCCUCGGGCAAUGAACUCAUGUAUACGUGAUACAAUGUGGAGGGUACAGCGGUACAAUACAUCAUACAGUGUACACGAUGCUGUGGUAGAGACGUGGUUGGAUCUUUAUUGAUGGAGU